AUGAAUCAUGAAGCUUUGAAGCAUUUAAAGGGGAAAACCAAGCUGAACAAACACCAUGCUAAGUGGGUGGAGUUCCUAGAGUCUUUCCUUUAUGUGAUUAAGUAUAAGAAAGGUAAAGAAAAUAUUGUUGCGGAUGCAUUGUCCCGUAGGUAUGCUCUUAUUAAUCAUUUGGAUGCUAGACUACUUGGGUUUGCUUGCUUGAAAGAUUUAUAUGAAAAUGAUAUUGAUUUUGGUGAAAUGUACACGUUAUGUGUGCAAGGUUCUCAUGAUAAGUACUUUCGGCAAAAUGGGUACCUCCUUCGAGAAAACAAGUUGUGUAUACCCCAAGGAUCAGUGCCAGACAUGCUAGUCAAUAAAGCACAUAGCGAGGAACUAAUGGGCCACUUCGGCAUAGCCAAGACCUUGGCUACUCUUCAAGAGCACAAUUUUUUGGGCGAAGAUGAGGCGUGA